AUGCUCCGGGAAGCCCUGAGGCUGUUCCCGGCGAAGCUGCGCCGGCGCGCGGCUGCUCCCGGCGCGCGGCUCUUAGCCGGCGGCUCUGGCCCCGAGAGGUGGAAAGAAAAACCAACUUCUUUAGAAGCAAGAUGGAAAGAUACAGCAGACACUGUCAUUAUUGGUGGUGGAUGUGUUGGUGUGAGUCUUGCCUACCAUCUGGCCAAGGCAGGCAUGAAGGAUGUAGUUCUUCUGGAAAAAUCUGAACUUACGGCGGGGUCCACUUGGCAUGCAGCAGGUUUGACAACAUAUUUUCAUCCUGGAAUAAAUCUGAAGAAAAUUCAUCACUACAGCAUCAAGCUUUAUGAAAAAUUGGAAGAAGAGACAGGACAGGCUGUGGGGUUUCAUCAGCCAGGAAGUAUCAGAAUUGCUGCAACGCCAACAAGAGUGGAUGAAUUUAAGUACCAGAUGUCUCGAGCUGGGUGGCACCCAACAGAACAAUACCUUGUUGGGCCAGAGAGAGUGCAAGAACUAUGCCCUUUGUUAAACAUGGAAAAGAUUUUGGCUGGCUUGUACAAUCCUGGAGAUGGUCACAUUGAUCCUUAUUCGCUCACUAUGGCCUUGGCCACAGGAGCCAGGAAAUACGGUGCUCUGUUAAACUAUCCAGUUGAAGUAACAAAUCUAAAAUCUAGAUCAGAUGGGACAUGGGAAGUUGAAACUCCACAUGGAAUAAUUCAAGCAGACAGGGUUGUGAACACAGCUGGAUUCUGGGCUCGUGAAAUAGGCAAAAUGAUUGAACUGCACCACCCACUCAUACCAGUACACCAUCAAUAUGUCGUAACUGCAACUAUCCCUGAAGUGAAAGCCCUGAAGAAGGAAAUGCCCGUGCUUCGUGAUUUAGAAGGUUCCUAUUAUCUAAGGCAAGAAAGGGAUGGGCUUUUAUUUGGUCCAUAUGAAAACCAAGAUAAAAUGAAAUUACAGGAAUCCUGGGUAGAACAUGGAGUCCCACGAGGUUUUGGAAAGGAGCUUUUUGAGUCUGAUUUGGACCGAAUAAUGGAUCAUAUUGAGGCUGCCAUGGAAAUGGUCCCAGUCCUGAAACAAGCAGACAUUAUUAACAUAGUUGCAGGUCCCAUAACAUAUUCUCCAGACAUUCUGCCUAUGGUGGGACCACAUCAGAGUGUUCGAAAUUACUGGGUGGCGAUUGGUUUUGGAUAUGGCAUAAUCCAUGCUGGUGGUAUAGGAAAGUAUCUCAGCGACUGGAUACUCAGCGGGGAGCCGCCUUUCGAUCUCAUAGAGUUAGAUCCAAAUAGAUACGGAAAAUGGACAACCACACAAUUUACAGCAGCAAAAGCAAGAGAGUCUUAUGGAUAUAACAACAUUGUUGGGUAUCCUAAAGAAGAAAGGUUUGCUGGGAGACCUACAGAAAGAGUCAGUGGGCUUUAUGAAGACCUUAAGUCUAAAUGUUCCAUGGGUUUCCACGCAGGAUGGGAGCAACCUCAUUGGUUCUACAAACCUGGAGAUGACAUUGGAUACAAGCCUAGUUUUCGACGCACAAACUGGUUCGAACCUGUGGGUCGUGAAUAUAAGCAGGUGAUGGAACAAGUGGGUGUGAUUGACCUUACUCCAUUUGGCAAAUUCAGCAUCAAAGGCCAUGAUUCGGUUAGACUUUUGGACCGUCUUUUUGCAAAUGUGGUCCCAAAGGUGGGUUUCACAAAUAUAAGUCACAUGUUGACUCCAAGAGGUAGAGUUUAUGCUGAGCUUACAGUCUCUCGCGUGAAAGAAGAGGAAUUUUUGUUAGUUACUGGUUCUGGAUCAGAGCUUCACGAUUUGAGAUGGAUUGAAGAGGAGGCUGUGAGAGGACAAUAUAAGACUGAGAUAACAAAUGUUACAGAAGAACUUGGAGUCCUUGGUGUAGCUGGUCCAUAUGCGCGGAAAGUCCUCCAGAAAUUAACAACAGAGGACCUCAGUGAUGCUGCAUUUAGUUUUCUACUAUCCAGGCGCUUAAAGAUUUCUGACAUUCCUGUUACUGCAGUUAGAAUUUCAUACACAGGUGAACUGGGCUGGGAGUUGUACCACAGGCGAAAAGAUUCUGCAGCUUUAUACUAUGCCAUCAUGGAAGCGGGCCAGGAAGAAGGAAUUGACAACUUUGGGACAUAUGCGCUGAACGCAUUGAGGCUGGAAAAGGCUUUUCGUGCCUGGGGAGCAGAGAUGAAUUGUGACACCAAUCCUCUGGAAGCUGGCCUGAAAUAUUUUAUAAAGUUGAACAAGCCAGCAGACUUCAUAGGAAAGCAAGCACUGAAGCAGAUUAUAGAAAAGGGGCUACAGCGGCAGCUUGUAUAUCUCACCUUGGAAACAGAUAACGUUGAUCCAGAAGGAAAUGAAAGUGUCUGGUAUAAUAACAAGGUUGUUGGCAAUACCACAUCUGGAAGUUACAGCUAUGGUACUCAGCAGAGUCUGGCUUUUGCAUAUGUCCCCGUGGAACUUAGCAGUAUUGGACAGAAACUAGAAGUUGAACUACUAGGAAAAAAUUACCCAGCCACUGUGGUGCAAGAACCGCUGGUGAUGACAGAACCAACAAGAACUCGGCUUCAGAAGAAGGGUGGGAGUGCAAAAGGCUAAACGAGGCAGACAUGUCAUUCUUCAGUAGGGUAUACGUGAUUUACAUAUAAAAUACAGUAUCAUUCACAGAUGCUUCCA